AGGGCAGAGCUCCGCGCCCCCAAUGGCGCGCCCCAGACUGUUUCGCCCGCUGCCGCCAGUCCAGCCCCGCCAAUCGAGGCUCACGACCUGCCUCGACCCGCCUAGGCCUGGACGCCCCGCUCCGCCCAUCUCCCUUGGCUCCGCCCCGCCUCCAACUCCCCUGCUCCGGCCGGGCUCGGGUGGCAGGACCGGCGCAGACCGGGAAGUGAACCCGGUCCGGCCCGGCUCUUCCUCGCGUGGUCCUCUGUGCUGGCAGGUCCCGCGUUGGCCCCAGGCAGUGGACCAGUCACUCUGGAGGCUUCCGGGCCCCUGUUCCCUCCCUUUCCCCCCGGUCCAUGGUGCGAGGCUGGGAGCCGCCGCCCGGCCAGACCGCGCCAUCUCAGAAGGGCACAAGUCAGAAAUCACCAUGCCCCCCAACAAAGAGGCUAACAGCUUUGCCAGCCCCCCUGCUGGGCUCAUCUGCCUUCCUCCUAUCUCAGAGGAGCUGCAGCUCGUGUGGACCCAGGCUGCCCAGACCAGUGAGCUAGAUGGCAACGAGCACUUGUUACGGACUUUCAGUUACUUUCCCUACCCCAGCCUAGCAGACAUUGCUCUGCUCUGCCUUCGCUAUGGACUGCAGAUGGAGAAAGUUAAGACCUGGUUUAUGGCCCAGCGCCUCCGCUGUGGCAUCAGCUGGUCAUCAGAAGAGAUUGAGGAGACUCGGGCCCGGGUUGUCUACAACAGGGACCAACUCCACUUCAAAUCCCUUCUUUCUCUUACUCAUCAUGCAGGGCGACCCCCUGAGGAUGUCUCACCCACCCCAGUGCCACCUUCAGACUCAGAUGAUACCCACAUUAGCCCCCUGGCACUUAAUGAGCCUCCUCAGGUGAAACGAUUAAAGAUGGAGCUUGAAGAAUCCUCCUCGCUGUCCUUGAGCCACCACAAAGCCAAGGAACCCUUGGUUGCACCUGGCAAUGGAGCCUUUUCUCACCAACCUCCUGGUUUUUGGCAGGAAUUGCAAAGUGGUCUUUCCAAGGAGCUGGUAAGCAGAGGUUCUGACCAUCAACCACAUGGCCUAGGAACUGCUGCCUGGGACCACUCUACCAGCUUCCAUCUGCCACACUCUCGGGACAGGCCUUCCCCUAUUACAUUACUUGCCAAUAGUUGCAAGCAAGAGCCAGCAUCCAUCCUGCCUCCUUCUUCCUCUACCUCUUCUUCCUCUUUCCGAGUAAUGGCCAAUGGAGCCACUGCCACCUCUAAACCCCUUCAGUCACUAGGAUGUGUUCCUCAGCCACCUUCCCCCAGUGAACAGGCACUACCUCCACAUUUGGAGCCAGCUUGGCCCCAGGGUCUAAGACAUAGCCCAGGUCCAGGUAGGGUUGCUCCAGCUGAGUACUACUUCCCAGAUAUGCAGCGCCAACGGAAGACCAAGCGCAAGACCAAAGAGCAGCUGGCCAUUCUGAAGUCCUUCUUUUUACAAUGCCAGUGGGCUCGGCGUGAAGAUUACUGUAAACUGGAACAAAUCACUGGCUUACCGAGGCCUGAGAUUAUUCAGUGGUUUGGGGACACUCGAUAUGCCCUGAAGCACGGACAGCUGAAAUGGUUCCGGGAUAAUGCAGUACCCGGUCCCCCCAGUUACCAGGAACCGGCUACCCCUACUCCACAACCUGUAGCCCGGCCUUUGCAGGAGUGGGCUGAGAUGCCACCUCCCCCCCUCCCUCCACCUCCCCCAGACACAAGUCCUCUGGAGCGGUACUGGACAGUUCACCAGCAGUUACGAGAAGAAGACCUCCCUCGACUGAGUCUAGAGUCAGGGCUGAGCACCCAACAAGUGGUAGACUGGUUCUACUCUCGUUCACCUGAGCCUGCAGAGGUGGUAGUUUGUCUAGAUGAAGAGGAUGAAGAAGAGGAGGAAGACGACCUUCCGGAAGAGGAUGGGGGUGAGGAAGAAGAGGAGGAGGAAGAGGAAGAGGAUGAAGUGAUCAUACAGGAUUGAGUGGGGAAUUUGGGAGGGGGGAUUUUAUUAGAAGAUGAACCAACUUAGUGACUGUUUAAACAAACAAAAAAACCCACAUUUUUCUUACCUUGUUGGCAAA